CAUCCAACGCCUCUCAAUCCCUCUUUAACAAUUCUUCCUCCAAAAGAUCAAGAGACAUGGCUAGCAGCAUGGCAUCGGCUGCUUCAAGGUUCGUGCUUACACCCAAUGUUCCAACCUCAGCAACUUCCAAGACCACCACUAACAUGGUGUUUUUCCCUUCAAAGAGCAACAACAAUUCAAGACUUGUUGUGAGGGCAGCUGAGGAGGAGGCUUCGCCACCGUCCCCAACCCCAGCAACCACCGUUACAGUACCGGAAGGCGGCGAGGCCCCCAAGCCUAAGCCACCUCCAAUUGGACCAAAAAGAGGCGCCAAGGUGAAGAUUCUAAGGAACGAGUCCUACUGGUACAACAGCUAUGGAUCAGUUGUGACAGUUGACCAGGAUCCCAAGACUCGGUACCCGGUUGUGGUUCGAUUCAACAAAGUGAAUUACGCCAAUGUAUCCACCAACAACUACGCUCUGGAUGAGAUUGAAGAAGUUAAAUGAGUCACUGUUCCAUUUUGUCAUAUUUUUAGUUUUCAGUGAUCCUAUGUAUGUAUG